AUGGCAUUCCGCACCACAGCAGAAGAAAUGGAGAGGCUUCAGCUAUCCGAUGAUGACACAGAGGAAAUUUGGAACUCCCCAUCCAGAAGAGCGACACACAAAAAGAUCAAUCCAAGAACCACCGACGAGAGAGUUGUAUCCGAACCUCGAGCUUCUCAUGAUAGCGAGGAUCCUCUCGUAGAUCACCAGGCGGCCCGAGAGGCUGCGCUCCGGACAGAAUUACAAGGUGUGCGGAAUAUUAACGAAGUCAUAGAAGGACUUCUGGGAAGUUUGGACUCUGCCAAAGGAAACAUGGAGACGGUAUCCCAGACUGUUACAUCGGCCUCGACACUCCUUAACACGUGGACUCGGAUUCUCUCCCAAACCGAACAUAAUCAACGAUUGAUCCUCAACCCCAACUGGCAAGGUGCUACUCAGGAUGUGAUCGAUAUCGAAAACCAAGCAAUUCAGAGACAGCAAGCCGCACAAAGACGCGAGCAGGCACUUCAGCAGCAAAGAGAGGCUGCGGCGCGAAAAGCUGAGGAAAUUGAAAAGCGGCGCGCGCAGGUCACUCGAGGUACUCGAGGAACCACCCGCGGAAUUACACGGGGAGUUACCCCAACUUAUUCCCCUGUCUCCGAAGAUCAUUCCGUCAUUCUUCACCUUUGCCGGUACAACAUAAUGAACUUCGCACCGUAUCAAGAUCAAUCACCGGAGAUUGAGCGCGCCCUAUCCCCUCCCCACCCAGAUGGCCACAGGGUUUCCCCAAUCCUCCGCUCACCGCGAGCCUCGGCCGAUCUACCCUCCCCCAGUUACUUUGCUGGGGGACAUGGCAACACGAGAUCUGGGCGAGAUAUUGAGAGUGGCCAUGUAAGCCUAGGGGCUUUUGAAACGAGUCUUCCCAUUCGUAUGGAUAUCGAAGCAGCGCUGGCGUAUCUGCUUCUACCUCCCGCAGGGGGUGUAUUCCUCCUGCUAACUGAACACAAGAGCGACUAUGUGCGGUUUCAUGCUUGGCAAUCGAGUAUGUUAUUUGCUACUAUGUUUUUCGUUCAUCUACUGCUCUGCUGGUCGAGCUUUCUCUCCUGGACAUUAUUUAUUAUCGAUAUUGCUUUAAUCGGCUUCCUCAGCAUGCAUGCUUACCAAGAUGUUGAUACGUUGGACCACUUCGAAGUCCCAUUCUUCGGCCAUCUGGCCAACUCCUUUGUUGAUGAUGAAUGA